GCGAGCCAGCAUAUCUAGAGCUCUUUCUCAAAGGACGAAUCAAUUGUCCAUCCAUGUGUGAAAGUUUAGUUACUCAUUCUGCCGUAGUGUUUACAUACGGUCCAAUGAACAGAUAGGUUCUAUUGCUCGUGGCCAAUCACGUUAUAUGGCGUCACAUAGUAUUCUAGGUACACGGCGGGAGAUAUAUCUCAUAGCGGCAGGUGUGUUAUAACGGGACGACACACUGCACUCACUUGCUUCCGUGUGAUAUGGAGGGUUAUAUACGGGUUAUCAUGUUUUGGAGUUAUUCUUGAGAUUAUACCACCAAGGAGAAACGAAUAUGGAGUUUAAUCCAAACCGUCGCUACACGAAACCAGAAGACUACACAGGCCACCCCACACCCCCAUACAACCAGCAGCCCCACCCACAGAAUGGUAGCCCGGGGGUGAGGACAUACCCCACUGAAACAAGAGAAAUGCAUCACAGAAACGGCGACAACCGUGACAUCAGUGAAUUUGACAGACUUCGCCAGCAGUGUUUGAGAAACAGGAAAUUGUAUGAGGACUCGAACUUUCUUGCUGCCGUCAGUUCCUUGUAUUACAGCCGACAACCGCCUUACCGUUUUGACUGGAAGCGCCCAGGGGACAUUGCAAGAAUCUACAAUGCCAGACCUGGAUUCUUUGUCAACGAUAUCAGCAGAUUUGACGUCAAACAAGGAACUUUAGGUGACUGCUGGGUGUUGGCGGCCAUUGCUUGUCUGAGCUCGCCAGAACACCGGGAACGCUUCUUCCGUGUAGUCCCGGAUGACCAGAGCUUCCAUGACAGCUGGUAUGCUGGACUCUUCCACUUCUUCUUCUGGCAUUUCGGGGAAUGGAAGGAGGUGGUGGUGGAUGACCAACUUCCUGUGGUUGGCAGAGAACUUUUCUUUGUCCACUCUUCACAGCCAAAUGAAUUUUGGGCGGCUCUGCUGGAAAAAGCCUAUGCCAAACUAUACGGAUCUUACGAGGCCCUUAAAGGGGGAAGUAUGGCAGACUCAUUAACUGACUUCACUGGUGGUCUGACCGAGAGCUACACCAUCAGGGGAAAGCAUGCCAACAUGCCUCGCAACAUCAUCAACAUCUUGUUCAAGGCGCUGGAUCGUAAUGCUCUGAUUGGCUGCGGCAUAGACCCUGUGAAGUCUGGUUCAAGGGAAGCAGUGCUGGAGAAUGGCCUGGUUGCAGGACAUGCUUACAGUGUCACAGAUCUCAGGGAGAUUCAGAUGAUGACGGACAGGGGACAGAUUCCAGUCACACUGAUCCGAGUCAGGAAUCCUUGGGGGAACAAGAUUGAGUGGAAUGGCCGGUGGAGUGAUCGUUCCCAGGAGUGGCUGAGUAUCCCAGACCGCGAACGGGAACAGAUCGGAUUGGUGCAGAGGGACAAUGGGGAAUUCUGGAUGGAUUUCCAGGAUUUUGAGAGGAACUUUGAUAACCUCGAAAUCUGCAACUUGACGUUGGAUGAUGAUCUCAGUCAUGUAGUGGAGCAUCAUGGGAGAUGGAUAAAAGGCUUCAAUGCUGGGGGGAUACCGUCGAACAGAGAUACGUUCUGGACCAACCCUCAGUACCAUGUUGGUCUACAAGACACAGACGAUGAUGAUGACAGCCACUGCAGCUUUAUAGUGCAAGUGAUGCAGAAAGACAGACGCAAGAUAAAAAAUAAAGGACCCAGAUUUCUUUUCCUAGGAUUUGUAAUAUACAGGUGUUCAAGGGAUGACCCCAUACCUCUCAACAAGGACUUCUUUGACUACAACAAUCCUUACGCUCGGUGCAAUGCCUUCAGCAACACCAGACAGGUGGUGAAACGGUUCGCCUUCCCUCCAGGGGACUAUGUUGUGAUGCCGUGUACAUACGAGCCCCAUCAAGAGGUGGACUACUACGUCAGGUUUUUCUUUGAGAAGGGCAACGUGGCAGAGUACAGCGAUGAGAAGCCAGCUAAGAUCACCAUCCCUCCCCCAGAACCGUCAGCAGGCUACAAGGAACAAGAGGAAAAAUUCAAACAGUUUUUCUACAAAGCUGCAGGAGAGGACAUGGAAGUGAAUCCCUUUGAAUUGAAGAUCGCCAUUAAUGAUGCAUUAAAAAAAGAACCCCUUCACAGAGAGAUAGGAAUUGAUGCCUGCAAGUCCUUUGUCAGCCUCAUGGAUGUAGACAACUCUGGUCGACUUGGCAUAAAUGAACUGAGCUACUUGUGGAAUCAUCUGCGCAGCUGGAAGAAAGUUUUCUAUCAGUAUGAUGCCAACAAAUCUGGAACUAUGAACUCGUACGAGUUACAGAGGGCACUACCUGCAGCUGGGUACAAAGUGAGUCACAAAACAAUGGUUGCCAUCAUCUUCCGCUACGGCAAUGAAAACAACGGCAUCGAGCUGGACAACUUCCUCAUACUUCUAGCCAGACUCAUGAAACUGUUCAACAUAUACAGCAAACACGAAGCCAACGGACAUGCAGAGUUCACGCUACAACAGUUGCUGGAGCAGUCCUUGUAUUCAUAGCACAAGGCACACUGACCACAGCAUUAGCUUCAUAUCCUCAGGAAACUGUGACCAUCAUCAUCAGUCAGUCAUUGUCCUUGACAAUCCAGGAGAUAUCGCUAUUGAGGACCGUUCAUAAUUUAUGUAUUU